CAAUGACGCUCUUGCUCGUUACCAAGGCAUUCUCGGGCAAACAGUAGCUACAUUGCUAGGCUAGCGACUCCAACAGAUAAUCUUCUAACCGCUGUCAUAUAACCUUUCUUUAUCGUGACUUUAAUUACUUGCUCAAACGACAUUACCGCGACGACCAAUCCACACUACAGCUAACGGGAGUGUCAUCUUGUCUUUCCUUUAAAUUACAGUCCGAACACCAAUUGGUCUUUUCCUGUCAGUUUGAGGCACGAGCUAGCUAAAUUACUGACGCUAAGGUUACCGCUUCAGCCGCCAUGGCUGAAUUUGGGUGUCAUAAGCAUCAUCAGAACGAGGUGAUCAACUACAUGCGGUUUGCACGUUCAAAGCGGCUGUUGAGGCUCAAGACCGUGGACUCCUGCUUCGAGGAACUCAAAGACAGCAGGCUGGUGGAGGAAACCUUCACGGUGGACGAGGUGAGGGACAUGCUGGACGGGCUGCACGCGGUGGUGCGCGGCGAGGUGGAGAUGGAGCUCAUCAACACUGCGCACACCAACGUCCUGCUACUCAGGCAGCUCUUCUACCAGGCCGAAAAGUUUUACCUGCGACUGCAGACGGACAUCUCAGAGCUGGAGAACAGGGAGCUGUUAGAGCAAGUAGCAGAAUUUGAGAAGACUGACUUUAAAGCCACAGAUUCGAUGAACCAGGAGAGCGGCAAACCCAAGUUGGCGCCGCUGAAUGAAGGUGGCGUAUCUGAGCUUCUAAACAAGGAGAUUGCCAGACUACAGGAGGAAAACGAUAUACUGAAAGCCAAGCUGCGCACUUUAGAGUCCCAGGCAAUGAGUGUGCUGGAUGAUAAGACAAAGGCAGAGAGAGCGCUUAAAGACCUCCAGAAAGUUCAAGGCGACCAGCAGCUGACCGCGCAAUCCAAGGAGAUCAGCUGCCUGGAAAACACCGUGGCGGCCCUCAAGGAGGACUACGAGCGCACGCUGACUGUCAGCGCCGCCUCUCAGAAGGAUCUGCAGGAGAACCUGGUCACUGCCAAACACGAGCUCCUGCGAGUGCAGGAGCAGCUGGCCUUGGCGGAGAAGGAGCUGGACAAGAAGUUCCAGCAAACGGCCGCCUAUCGCAAUAUGAAGGAGAUUCUGACGAAGAAGAACGAGCAAAUUAAGGAAAUUAGAAAACGAUUGCAGAGAUACGAGCCCAACGAAUGAGUUGUCGUUGCGGGGCUGCGACACAAACUGAAGUUCAGGUAGAGAGACGGAACCAGAAUGUACCACUGGGUUUGGGAAGGGAAAUCUUCGACCCCCGCUGAUGCUGACGGAAGCACAAUAAAAGCAGCACUUUCGUGAGCAUUCGUUUAUCCAUGCGUUACACGACUUAUUUAUAGCUGGUUUUAGGCGGCUAAUCAGAGUUCAGUGCACAUAUGAGCAUAUCCCUGGAAGAAGAAACCUUGUUCAUUCACUGACAAACAGCAUUUGCCACUAAAUAGUAGCAUUUUCACAAAAAUCUGACUUUCUGUGAAUGUCCGAUCUUUUUGAAAAAAAAAGAGUGCGCAGCUUGUACGCUUGACUUGGCUAGAAUGAUUUCCUUGCUUGCCUGUAUACAAAAAUAUGAUGGAGUAUUCGGGCCACAUUGGGAAAUAAAUAAAAUCUGAGAUUUCGAGAAUAAAGUAGUAAAUUUACGAGAAUAAAGUUGUACAUUUACGAGAAAAAAGUCGUAAUACUACAAGAAUAAAGUCGUAAAGUUACGAAAAUAGAGCCGUAAUAGUUGGGUCAUACGGGGAAAAUAGAGCAUAGCUCUUCAGGGAGGACUUUAUUCUCGUAAAUUUAAGAAUUUUUUUUCUCAUAAAUUGACAAGUUUUUUUUCUCGUAAACUGACAACUUUUUUUCUUGUAAAUUUAUGACUUUUUUCUUGGAAAUUUACGAUUAUAUUCACGUAAAUUGACAACUUUUUUCUCAUAAAUUUACGACUUUAUUCUUGGAAAUCUACGAUUUUUUUUUCUUAUAAAUUGAUUUUGACUUUUUUUUCGUAAAUUGACAACUUUUUUUCUUGUAAAUUGACAACUUUUUUCCUCGUAAAUUUAUGACUUUAUUCUCAUAAAUUGACAACUUUUUUUUCUCGUAUAUUGACAAAUUUUUUUCUCAUAAAUUUAAGACUUUAUUCUCGUAAAGCUACGAUUUUUUUCUUGUAAAUUGACAACUUUUUUGCUUGUACAUUGACAACUUUUUUCUCGUAAAUUUCCGACUUUAUUCUUGUGAAUUGACAACUUUUUUCUCGUAAAUUUCCGACUUUAUUCUUGUGAAUUGACAGCUUUUUUUUCUUGUAGCUUGACAACUUUUUUUCUCAUAAAUUUACAACUUUAUUCUUGUAAAUUUACGAUUUUUUUUCUCGUAUACUGAUGACUUUUUUUUGUACAUUUAUGACAUUUUUUUUCUAGUAAAUUUAUGAGUUUAUUCUUACGACUAUGUUUUUGAAAACUGCAGGGUUUUUUUUUUCCAAUGUGGCCCUUUUACUCCGUCGUACAAAAAAGGUAGACUAUUUUGCAAACAUCGUGGUACCUUUCGUUUAACUUGUGCACAAUGGAGUGGAAUGAGAGAGAAGAACAAAAAAUAAUCAUCUAAAAUCGUACACGUGCUGUAUUCCAUGGAGACAUGCAUUAUGUGGUUUGUGCAUAAAAGCUUGUUUCCAAAUAAAAGCGGAAACUCCAGCAGCUCAACUGCUUGACUCAACAGGGGGCGCCACACAGCAACAGGAUAAUAUCAUGACAUCAUCAGGUACACAUGCAGACACUAAUGGGGCUUCCCUUUAUUCAGCUACAUGAGAGGGUGAAAAUAUUCGAAACGACUGUGAGCAUGAUGAAACGAGUGUUUCCCACAGGGGUGCAAUCCAUUUGUGGUGGUGGUGUCAGGUAAUUUGUGCAUACGAUUAUUUUAAAAGGCUAAAAAAAGUAUGUUAUUAUUGUGUUAUUUGUAUUAACAUUUAAGCGUUUGCUCGUUACAUUUAGCCUUUGUACCCUAUUUUUCCAUUUUUUCUGCUUUUGUGUCUGCUUGUAUUUGAUGAGUGCAGUUGUUUCUCUUUAGCAUGUGUAAAUGGUUCCAGAAGUGAAUUUCCAAAUAGUAGGAUUUGUUAUUUAUAAAAGGAAUAUUUUCAUCGUUAAAGCAUAGAAAACCUUUACAACCUUCUAAAUACUAAAUUAGAGCCCUCUAGACAUGAAAUAACACCCCUAUAGUCACCUUUACACUCGUAUUACCCAAUAUAGUAGACAUAAUAAGGGAAAGUAAGACAUAAUAUAGACUGUUAGCAUUGAGAGAGUUCUUGUUUUUUUUUUUCUGGGCGGCAAAUGUAACAUUACUGACACCUACUGACCAGUGUAGAAUACAACAUAUCAUAUGUCUUUCAGGGCGUCUUCUGAAUGACCUAAAUAUGUAUUUUACUUCAGGCCGUAGUCAACCACGAAACAGCGAUGAUUUAUUCAUAUCUUUUCCAAAACUGCGCGAGAUUGAAGCCGCAAAAUUCGAAGCUCGACGUGGCGAGGGACGACUGUAAAUGCAUCUUUAACUUUUAAUGUGUACCGCAUGGGGAUUUGGGAGAGGAGCUGCGAUGCAUGCUGCCACCUAACAGGUAGCUCCAAAUCUCUUUGUGGCGGGCUGCCACCAAUAAUACCCGCAAGCGGCUUUAAAACACUGAACCGCACCAACCACAAUAGUACCUCACUGCUUGUGUCUCCUGAAAGAAAAAGGACGUUUGAUCCUUGGGGUUUGUGUGUGCUCACCUGUCAAACUUUUAACCUGGUGGGUUUGAAUAUUGUGGUGACCACACACUUCACUUUAGUCAGCGUGACGUGUUCAUGGAUCUAAGAGUGUGUAUCUGUUUAAAAGAGGAAAAAAAAGAUGCGAGUGAACAGCAUGAAAGAAAGGAAACCCUCCUCAGAUGGUGACAGUCACACAACACAGCUGCUUCCCUAUGGGCCUCAUUGUGGUGCAAACAGACAAUCGUAUUGGAGAGGUGGGGUGGGCGCAAACUUGUGAAACGGUUGAAACAAGCAGGAGGCCCUCCACUUUCAAUCAUCCGGCUUGUCAAUCAAACACUGGUCGUACAUACUGUAAAGUUUUACUACCACAUGUUGAAAAAGGGUUACAGUACGUCAGCUUUGUUGAUGCACCAUGUGUUGUGCCACUGUGGUCGACAAUGUGACUGUCAUUUGAUUUAUUUCCCUUUACCAGCCUGGCAUGCCCCGCUUUUUUUUUUUUUUCUCAAUGUCGCGUCACAUGAAUCAUUUGUUUUGAGCAUCAUCUUAUACCAGCCUUAUUCAACUGGCCAAAACCAGCCCUUAAAUGGCAUCAAACCCAGCAGAUUCCUUGAAUCAGUGGUUCUCAACUGCGAGCUCAGGACCCACAAGUGGGUCGCGGAUCCAUUCUGGGUGGGUCUCAGACAGAGAGUCAAAAAGUACACAAAAAUAUGUACUUUGAAGUAAAACUGAACAAUAUAUUAGUCAUAUUCCACCGUGGUAUAUUUACAUUGCACAGUUAGAAGUGAAAUAUCUCAUUUUGUGGUCUUUUUGAAAUGUCAUUUUACUUUUUGCUUCAUUUGUAUGCGCAUAGUUACAUUGUGCUUCCUCAUUUCCUUGACAAAAUGCCUUAAUAAAUUCCUCUAAAAUGC